UUUCAUUUCCUUUCACAUAAUGUCAUUUUUGAUCGGAAGGUUUAUUGAAUUUAUUAGAGUAUUUUCUUCGAUUUUCAUUUAUAAACUGCAAGCGAUGCUAAUCUAAAUAUUGAGGGAAGACAUCCAGAUACAAAUUAUACCCUUCAAUGCAUUUAUUGAAGAAAGACAUCCAGAUAAAAUGUAUACUCUUCAAAGCAGUUACUGAAUACUAUCGUCUAUCUAGACCAGUAUGUUGUCCGGUGAUGGUCGAUGUGUCGAACGGGCGGUCUCUUCAAAACACUGUAAAACCAACACUGAUGUGAAAAUAUUUGGCACAGAUCAGCAACAUUCCUUUGAGAAGCCUUUCAAAUGUGGAAUUUGCUUUAAAUGUUUCUCGUGCAAGAGUCGUGUCCAGCGGCACAUGAGAAUCCACAGUGGUGAACGACCAUAUCAGUGCGAUGUUUGCCGAAGGUGUUUUCGUCUGAAUGGUAACUUAAAACAGCACAUGUUAAUUCACAGUGGUGUUAAAGAUUUCACGUGCGACGUGUGCGGGGACUGUUUCUCUCACAGCUUCAGGUUAAGACAACACGCGUUAGUUCACACCACCGUUAAGCCGUUUAAAUGUGCGGUGUGUGCAAAAUAUUUCUCAUACAGAUCCAACUUAAAACAGCAUAUGCUGGCUCACAUCGGUGCCAAGCCUUACAAAUGUGAGAUAUGUGCAAAAUAUUUCUCACAGAAUUCUCACUUGAAACAGCACAUGUUAAUUCACGCUGGCGUCAAACCUUUCAAAUGUGAGAUGUGUGUGAAAUAUUUCUCACAGAAGUCGAGCCUGAAACUGCACGUGUUAAUCCACGCUGGCGUCAAGCCGUAUAAAUGUGAGGUGUGUGCCAAACUGUUCUUACUGAAUAACAACUUGAAGACGCACAUGCUCGUUCACUCUGACGCCAGGCCGUUCCUGUGCGAGGUGUGUGCUGAGCGGUUCUCCCAGAACAAGCAUUUAAAGCGACACAUGUUGAUUCAUACGGGGGUUAAGUCUUUCAGAUGUGAGACGUGUGACAGGUGCUUCUCACGCAGUACGACGUUGAAACGACACACGCUUGUUCACACUAGUGACAAACCUUACAAGUGUGACAUGUGUACGAAAUGUUUCUCUCAACGCAAGCAGUUGAAACAUCAUGUGUUGGUUCAUGCUAGCGAGAUAAACGUUUAAGAGUUGAAACAUAUGUUGGCUUUUGUUAUUAAAAAAACGUCUUAAUUUGAAACGUCAUAUGUUGGCUCUUGUUAUUAAGAAAACGUCUUAAUUUGAAACGUCAUAUGUUGGCUCUUGUUAUUAAGAAAACAUCUUAAUUUGAAACGUCAUAUGUUGGCUCUUGCUAUUGAUGGAAGGAAGUAAUGUUUUAUUUAACGACGCACUCAACACAUUUUAUCAAUGUGCUCUUGUGUUGUCGUUAAACAAAACAAACUUUAAAACAAACAAUUCAAUAGCCGUGGUAUAUCCUACCAUGUCUAUGUGAUGGUGCAUGUAAAAGAACUUGCUACUAAUGCAAAAUUGUAGCGGGUUUCCUCUCUAAGACUGUGUGUCAAAAUUACCAAAUCCAAUAGCCAAUGAUUAAUAAACCAAUGUGCUCUAAUGGUGUUGUUAAACAAAACAGACUAACUUUUAAGUUUCAGUUAUUCAUGCACUGGUGUAUUGAGUUGGGUGGAGCGGGUAAUUGUCUCAAUUGUCGUAUAGUGUAAUGGUAUUUAUUGUGGUAAAGAAGUUUAUUUAGUGCGAGAGGUACACAAAUUGUUUUAUUGUUUGAUUAUUUUAUCAAUUUACAUUCGGUUAAUAUGUACUGUUUACAUACAUGUAUGUAAUUUGUCUUUAUUAAAUAUGAA